AUGGGACGAGCUAUCCUGCUAUUUACCCCAGAAGACCCCCAGAAUGAAGUCGUGUUCGGAGAGGUCAGUCCUUUCCUAAAUUCCCUCAGGAGGAACACUUUCUCUUUCCUGGAGACACGACAACCAUUGGCCAACCUGGGGUCGAUGUUAACACAUUUCGCACUUUGGCUAGUUGGGGAUAUCCCUCUCCGACAUUACACGAUGACAUUGGCAGUACUUCGCGAACGUGCUGCGACGAGCGAUGAUAGGGAACUCUUCAUAGGAAGCCCAACCUAUUCUCGGUACCGUGAGCUCAUCCCUGAUCCGCGAUCAGCUGAUAGCGCACGAACACAGCGCAUGUUAAUGUUGUUUGAUUGCAGUCAUCGAGCACCCCCCGGACUCACUGUGAAAGAUGUUCCUCCAGCUGCCGGAGAGGACGCGGAGGCACUUGUGCAAGGUGUUGUUGGGGACGACGACGGGGAGCGAUGCCUCGGAGGCGGUGAGGUUGGACUCGGAGCGACUCCUGGACAGGUUGCUCCGCCUCUUCUGCUCCACCGUGGCCAGGUCGUCCUCCGCCUCCCGGUAGCUCCGGUAGGUCACUUCGUGCAGGGUGUCGUCCGCCGCGCAGGCAGAGUCCUUCCUCCUCAACCUCAUGGUGCAGCUGUGCCCGCGGGUGCUACACUCUCUGCGUCCUCUGUUCUAGGUGUCAAGGGAAAGCGGUUGCACCUAUAA